GUUUAGGAAAGCAAAGAGUUACAGAUUAGCAAACAGAGUGGCUAAUGGGGGAAAAAUAUGAAGUUAGAAAAGCAGCUAAGAUAAAACGAGAUAAACAGAAUUAACUUUGAAAAGUUGGCAGCUCUGGGUCAAUACUUGUGUUUUAGUCGGUGCAGACCGUGUAAUAAAAAAUGGCGUCGGAUCCAGGCUGCCUUCACACCAGCAGCAGAGGCUCUGACUGAGCCCAGCACCUGGGACACCCCCAGUCCAGUCCAGGAGCAGGAUGAAGCCCGCCGCUGCUGCGGGUCUCGUGUCGGACAACAGGACCCCCGCCGGCCGCCUUCAUCACCACCGUCCUCACCCUCCUCAUCAUCAUCAUGGGAGACCACUGCCGCGCUGCUGCGCAGCUUUCUAACCGACGCCACGACCAUGAGUGUUUUCACGGAUCCCAGGCGGCGCGAUCCGCGCCUCUCGUUUGUUUAUCUGCCGGUUACGUUUGAGGAAGACGUGACCUUGUUUGAUGAGGAACAUGUCAGCGCUGAAAAAGACCAGCAGAUUUCAUCUUGGUCCCCACCUCGGAAGGUAAAUGAAGGCAGACGCCUCCCCCCUGCCAGGAACAUGAAGGGCUUAUCGGGCAGCCGUUCCCAGCACCAGAUUCCUUUGCCUCAUGGUUUGGACUACGACCCCCACAUCCACGAUGUCCACCUGCACUACGGCUCGGACUCCCGUCACCCCUCAUACCUGCUCAGCCCCACCGAGAGCUGCCCCGUGGACCUGCACCACCGCUACUCGCCGCGCAGCUCCAUCCACUCCGACUGCAUGGUGAUGUCGCCCGUCAUGAUGCCCCCGCCUGCCGCGUCCGACCACAUCUCCAGCAGCACCUUCCCCAGGAUGCACUACAGCUCUCAGUACUACGACUCGGCCACGCGGGAAGACUGCGCUGCCAUCACCGCCUCCGCCACCUCCCCGGCUGUCGCCGCAGCCGCCGCCGCCGCCGCCGCCUCCUCCCACCACGCCGGCACCAAGAGCAACCGCCUCCCAGCGAACCUGCUCGACCAGUUUGAGAAACAGCUGCCGCUGCACCGCGAUGGCUUCCACACGCUUCAGUACCAGCGCACCUCCACGACCACCGAGCAGCGCAGCGAGAGCCCGGGCCGCAUCCGACACCUCGUUCAUUCCGUCCAGAAGCUCUUCACCAAGUCCCACUCCUUGGAGGGCUCGUCCAAGAUGAACGGCACGAAGGGGGAUAUCGUGGGGGGAUCAGGGGGCUAUUAUCACCACGGCUACCACUCCACCAAGCACGGCAGCAAGCGGAGCAAGAGCAAAGAGCGGAAACACCGCUCUGGCGGUUGGUGGAGCUCGGACGACAACCUGGACAGCGACAGCACGUAUCGCACGCCCAGCGUGAUGUCACGGCACCACGGGGAGCACGUCACCCACUGUUACCCAGACUCCAUGCACAGCCACAUGUCACUGAAGGCCUCCAAGAGCAACAACGACGUCAAGUGUUCAGCCUGUGAGAGCAUGGCCAUGGCACCCGAGGGCAAGUUCAUGAAAAGGAGCUCGUGGUCGACGCUGACCGUCAGCCAGGCCAAGGAGGCCUACAGGAAGUCAUCGCUUAAUUUAGACAAACCCAUGAUGCACACAGACCUCAAAACGUCAUCCAGACCAUGUCACUACCUUCAGGUGAGUGAGACUGAGAUCAAUGGCCAGUUUGAAUCAGUUUGCGAGUCCGUUUUUAGUGAAGUAGAAUCCCAGGCCAUGGAGGCCUUGGACCUGCCUGGCUCGUUCCGCACUCGAAGCCACAGUUACCUCCGUGCAAUUCAGGCUGGUUAUUCCCAAGAUGACGACUGCUUGCCUUCAAUGACAUCCUCCACUGUCACUUCAACUCUCAGAUCCACAACAGGGAUUCAGUUUCGUCUCCCGACUUCAUGCAGUGUGGACCGCGCUCAGCCUCCUCCAGCGGUAUCAUACCCUCCCAGUUACAAGAAGACCCCACCUCCUGUGCCCCCGAGAGCCACCACCAAGCCUCUUAUCUCUGUGACAGCCCAGAGCAGCACAGAGUCCACCCAGGACGCCUACCACGAGGGCAGGCAUCUGCGGGGGGGCCUGUGGACCACGGAUAGCCUCGGACGGCCCAUCUACAGCUCCAUGGACAGUCUGGACAGCACCAAGGCGGUCACCAUGGCCAUGGAGUCGGCUGCAGGCAAGAGGCACGCGUCUUUAGGAAGCCACACCUCGGUCCAGACAUGUGACAAGGCAGUGCUGGUGUCCAAGGCUGAGGAGUACCUCAAAACCCCUCGUUCCUCUAUCGGCAUCCAGGUGGAAACUGUGACAGACUCUGAGGCUGAAACUAAAGGCCUUCCUCAAUUUCAUUCCAUCGGAAUCCAAGUGGAGGAUAAAAAACGGCAUGGGAGGUUCAAGCGCUCCAACAGUGUGACCACCGCAGUGCAAGCAGACAUGGAGCUGGAGGGCUUCCCCUCCAUGGAGGACAAAAGUUUGCAGUUCGGCGGUGCCUUCGGCCGCCACUCAGAGCCCAGCACGCCGACGCAGUACGGAGCCAUCCGGACGGUACGCACGCAGGGCCUGUUCAGCUACAGGGAGGACUACCGGCCUUCCAGUGGGCCUCCCAGCCCGCAGCCUGAAUCCUGGCUGGUGGAACCCAGCCUGGAGAGCACCGACGCUGGCCGAGUGUCCCCCGUCCGCAGGGACGGCAGCUGGUUCAUGCAGCUCCUUCACAACGAAACGAAGCGGCUGGAGGGAUGGUGCAAAGAGAUGGAAGGAGAGGCGGAGGAGCACGACCUGUCGGAGGACAUUCUAGGAAAGAUCCGGAGUGCAGUCGGAAGUGCUCAGCUUUUAAUGUCGCAAAAGUUCCAGCAGUUCUACUGGCUGUGCCAACAGAACCUGGACCCCAGCGCCAUGCCCAGACCCACAUCUCAGGACCUGGCUGGAUUCUGGGACCUUUUGCAGCUUACCAUCGACGACGUCACUGCCAAGUUUGAUGAGCUGCAGCAGAUCAAGAGCAACCAGUGGCAGCUGUUAGAGAGCCCCGAGAGGAAGGAGCAGAAGUGGCCUCCUCCCCUGACUAAACGGCCGUCCAGGGCGCGUGGCGGCAUGACGCGGGAGCGCUCUCUGGACCUGCAGGACCGCCAGCGACAGGAAGCCCGCCGGCGCCUCCUGGCUGCCAAACGAGCAGCUUCUUUCAGACAGAACUCAGCCACGGAGAGGGCGGACAGCAUCGAGAUCUACAUCCCUGAAGCCCAAACGCGGCUUUGAGGUUCACAGAAUCAUCCUUAGCUCCUCUCGUCCACCGCCGUCCCACACCACGACCCGCCGUGCUGCCCCCUGCUGGAGCUACACUGAGCAAAGAUAACCCAGAAGUAAUGCAUUGUUUUUAUUUACCUGAGCAAAAACAGCCUCUAAAACACAAACAAUCGGACACCAAAUACGAUUUUAGGAUUUAUUUAACAUUUUGGGACAGGAAAUUAGUAAAUACAAGAAAUAUUUAAGCUGCUAACAUUUCCGUUUGCUUAGUGUAGCUUUAGGACUAAAAGGGGUUUUGGUACACAUUCCAGUGAUUUUUGAUUUAUUUUUAGAACUUUCUGUGGUCCUCUGAAUCAUCCAUAUGUGUAUGAGAACAAUAAGGCAUUUCUCACGUUUACAGCUAAACACAAAGUGCAACUUUUCACCUGCCGGCAACAACAGUCUGUGGCUGAAACAACCGGAGACGCAACAAAUUGAUUAAAUACUUUUUUCAGAUGUUUUUAUCCAGUGAUGCAUUUAAAGGAGACAUAUCCUGUUUUAAAAUCCUCCUUUUCCACAUUUAAACCAGUCAGUUGGGUCUUUAUUGGUCUGCAUUCCUCCUAAUUGUACUUCUGCAAGCCCCGCCCCUUUUCUGAGUUGUGUCUCAGAUCAACUCGUUUUGAGGCUGCCUCU